UGAGGAUCUAAAGUCUGACCCAGAGAGCUUGCUGUUUCGUUUCCAGCAGGCAAGAGGAGGGGGCAGAAAGCCAACUGAGAGCAGAUCCAGCCAAAGGCAGAGGCAGAGCACCAUCCUUGGCACCAGGGCAAUGGCAGCUGCCGGAGAGAGAGUGUACAUAGUUACUGGUCAAGUUGGGUGCCUGGUGGUACCCACUAGCAUGGUGCGUCCAAAACAGAAAGCUCCAGUUCAGGACUGGAUCGGGGAGACUCCACACUCUGGAUUCUUCCUUCAGGAAGACAGACACCGAGGAAUCUGGAGGAAGGCAGGGCCUCUCACAAAGCUGGGAGUCUUUCGGAUUGUGAAUGCCUUGCUCCAUAUCACCGUAGGGAUCUACCUGGCAACUGCUGUGAAAAAUCUCCACCUGGUUGCGAUGAAGUCUUGGUACCCAUUUUGGGGAGCAUUCUUUUUCCUCUGUUCAGGGGCCUUGCUGAUAACCAUGGAGAGAGGAAGGAAGAUGAAGCUGAAGACUUUGACCGUGACUGUGAGCAUCGUGGACUGCUUCUGCGCACUGUGUGGGAUCUUUAUGUUCAUUAAGGAUUUAUUUUGGGAGCGUUCCUUUGAAUCCCCAAUCUGGAGGCCUUAUCCCUUCUCCAUGGUGCACCUGCAGAGGCUUGAAUUGGGAUUGCUGGUCUUCUCUAGCCUUGAGGUCUUUGCAUUCAUCUGUACCAUGAGUUUAUUGUACAAGAUGGAGCUGUCAUCAGAGGUGAAGGAGGACUCCAUUGGCUCAUCACCUCCAGUGCACCCAGAUGACCCAGCUGCUCCUCCUCCAGCCUAUGAAGACAUAGCUCGUGAUGACAAGAAAGAAGGGGCAAACCCCUGACUAACCAGAGACAAGAGGCUGUCCCUCACUAUGGCACUCUGUCCUCCUUCCUUGUGUUUGUCAUUGAGGAAGCCUCACCUGAAUAAAGGAGGAAGCAGGAAGGGUGGGAAAGUGGGGUAACUAGGACUUUCUGUACCUGCGUAUAAGCUCCAGGCACUGUGUCCUGGCCCCAGUCUUCCUUGGCCUCUCCACCUCUCCCCCUUGGUCUUCAUUCUUUGUUUUUUUGGAUACUGGUCCUCCCUAUCCUGCUGACCCCACCACUGAUGGGUCCAGAAGCUUUGGCCUGCUCCAUUUCUGCCCUGGGUCAGUUCACUCCUCCCUAGGCAGUCCAGCAUAAUUUAAAGGGUUGCCUACCCUCCUCCCCUACCAGGGCUCCCCACACUUGUGUGGGACUUGGUGAAGGUGCCCAAUCAGCUUUAGCUCCACUGCAGCUCAAGAGAUUCACCAGCUUCAGAUUCCCCAGGAGUAAGGGAUGAUAGGCAGAUGCCACCACGCCUGGUCUUUCCCCUUGUUGACUCUAGGAAGGAGAGCACCACAGCAAUGCCAGGGCCCCUGCCACAUCAGCUGCCACCAGUGGGCAGGAGGGGUCUGGACAUAUUUCUAACGUGAGGCACUUGCUUCUGAGCUGAGCUUAUAACCCUGGCUGCUGAUCCUUAGAAACCCUCAUGGCCCCAUCAUACAACUGCCCCAUCACAGGCAUAGGGGAGAUGAAGUCUAUGUGGCAUGAAGGACGGCAAAUCUAAGACGAAAUGUUUCGGACAGUUCCCUUAGCAGAAUCCACUCUAUCCACUACAUCUCCAUCCCAUUGGUAUUUGGGUGGAGAAGGGGUUUAAGAGAAGUGAAGUCUUCAGAGCCUAGCACCUCAAAAGAUGAACUGAU